AUGGAUUUAGACGAAGUAGUCAAUGAUAAUAGUGAAGUAGAUAAUGAUAUAAUAUGUGAUCAUUCUAAUUUAUUUGUAGCUGAAAAUCAGAUUUAUAAUAAUAAAGAAACCCUUAAGGAGGUUAUGAGGCAUGAUGGACUUGUUGAGAAAUUCAGCUUUCGGGUUGCACGUUGUAAUGCAUCUAAAGCUAAAGAAAAAGCAGUAAAAUUGGUGCGAGGAGAUCCAGCAGAAUCUUAUGCAAGAUUACCUGGUUAUUUUUACAUUUUGGAGCAAACAUAUCCAGGAUCUGUUUUGAAAAUAAAAAGGAAUGAAGAUGAUACAUUUUUAUAUGCAUUUGUUGCUUCAGAAGCAUGUAUUAGGGGCUGGGAAUAUUGUAGGCCAAUUGUGGUUGUUGAUGGCGCUGCAUUAAAAUGUUCAUAUGGUGGUACAAUGUUAACUGCAAGCACAUUGGAUCCGGGAGGUCAUAUACUUCCGUUGGCGUAUGCGAUAGUAGAUUCUGAAAAUGAUGCUUCAUGGACAUGGUUCUUUGAGCAAUUUAGAGAAGCAUAUGGAGUUAGACAAAAUAUGUGUUUUAUGUCAGACAGAAAUGAAAGCAUAUGGAAAGGGACAACAAAUGUAUAUCCUGAAUCAGAACAUUAUGCAUGCAUAUGGCAUUUAUCAGUCAAUGUUUUGAAGAAUUUCAAUAGAAAUACUGAAAAUUUGAAGAUGUUGUUCUUUUCAUUGGCAAAAGCUUAUACAAAACAACAGUUUGAGACAAUUAUGGGAAGAAUAGAUCAGAUAGAUACGCGAAUACGGCCAUACUUGUUUGAUAUUGGUUAUAGCAAAUGGUCAAGAGCUUACUCGAAUUGUAAGCGCACAUGGACGAUGACUUCAAACAUCGCAGAGUCAUUGAAUAAUGUUAACAGAUUAGCACGGAGGUUACCGGUGAUUUCACUUCUUGAGUUUAUGAGGGUGACAAUUCAGAGGUGGAUUCACAAGCAUAAUGAGGAGGCUGAUAAGACUACAUCUAAUCUGACAAAAAAAUAUGAUGUUUAUCUACAGAAAAGUAUUACAUUGUCGUGCAAUAUGAGGGUGAUACCUUCAACUGUUGAUCUGCAUGCUGUAGCUGAAGGAGCAAAGAAAUACAUAGUAAAUUUGAACACAAGGAUGAAGUUACAUGAAGCAGAUUUCUGUUCUGCUUUUUAUAGCCUCAAGAAUUUCAAAGAUGCUUAUGCCAUUUCUGUCGAGCCUAUCCCGUGCGAGAGUACAUGGGAUAUACCAAGUUAUAUUUCAGAUCCUAAAUUGAUGCCGCCUGGUCCAAAAAGAGCAACAGGAAGACCCAAACUAGAACGGUGGAAGGGAUUCGCAGAUGUGAAGUUCAAGAAGACAAAAAGCACAUGCAGUAGAUGCCAUCAGGUUGGACACAAUAGGAAGACUUGUUCAAAUUAUCCUGUACAAAAACAAUGA